UUUGGUUUUUGGUUGAUCCAUUGACAGUGAUUUCGCAGGGUGAGAGUUUUUGGUGAUGCUAAUUUAUUUAUGGCCAUUUCGCGUUCUCUGAUAUAUAAACUAUAACGUAUUAAAGUACAUAUAUUAAUAAUCUCCGUAUCACAUAAUUGAUAUUGUGAUCAAAAAGGUUUAUCUGAACGAAUAGUUCGUUAAUAAAUAGUGUGUACAAAUUUUUGUGCAAGUUGUAAUAAUUGUUUUCAAUUGAUCAGAGCUUUUAUCUCCACCAUGGGCGACCAGGUUGAAAACUUGAACAAUAAAGUGACUGAAAAUGAACCACAGCCCAACCGGGAUGAAAUGAUAAUGGCUCAGCAGAGGCAAAUUGAACAAGAGAUUUCAGAAUCGAUACCUCUUCUAGGAGAUUUGGAACCUGUUACUUCACUAAAUAAUGAAUAUUCAUCAGAUGAUAUAUACCUCGAAAAAGUUAGCAACCUUGCUACUAAAUAUAAAUUCAUUCGCCGAACCAGACCAGAUGGUAACUGCUUCUUUAGAGCAUUUUUGUAUGCUAACAUAGAAAGAUUACUGAAGAAAAAAGAGGAAUUUGAAGAGUUUUAUAAUGUAGCAGCUUCUAGUAAAGAAGCUUUAGUGUCGCUAGGGUUCCAACAGUUCACAGUAGAAGAUUUUUAUGAUACUUAUAUUGAUGUCCUCAAAAGACUAAAAGAUAUAGAUACUAUUGAUGAAGCUCUUAAAGAAUUAUUUAGUGUGUUUAAUGAUCAAGGUUUCUCAGAUUAUUUGGUUGUCUAUCUCAGAUUGUUAACCAGCGGCCAGUUACAAAAGGAGCACGAAUUUUACAGUUGUUUUAUAGAAGGUGAUAGAACGGUAGCUGAUUUUUGUCACCAGGAAGUGGAGCCUAUGUAUAAAGAGAGUGACCACAUCCACAUAAUUGCAGCUUGUGCUGCUCUAAAUACUGGUGUUAGAGUGGUAUAUAUGGACAGAGGUACUGGGAAAAUUUGUACUGAACAUGAUCUGCCUGAAGGAUGCACCCCCACUGUUCAUUUACUCUACCGUCCAGGACAUUAUGAUAUUUUGUAUCAGUAGUUUUGUAAUUUGCAUUGUUGUUUUUUUAUAUAUAAUAAAAUAUUUGUUUCUAACAAUAAUUCAAAAUAUGAACAAUCAUGUCUGCUUUACAAAUUUG